AUGAGCAAGACCGCGGCCGACGCCAACGGCGCCAAGAAGAAGGCGGCGCCCAAGUCGCGCAAGCGCAAGACCAGCGACGUGGGCGCCACCUCCAGAGCCGGCGGAUCGCCGGCCAAGCGGCUGGCGGGCGACGCCGCGGCGGCAAUUGCGGCGAACGGCUCUGGCGCCGAUGCCCACGCGGCCCAAGCGGCGCAGCUCAAGCCGUUCGUGCGUGGGGAGCUGGUCGAGAGCAUCAAGCACAUGCUGUUCGGCUUUGGCGACGAAGCCGAGCCGCUGGACGAAACGGCCGAGCUCAUGGAGGACCUGGUGGUGGAGUACGUGCACGCCAUGACCAAGAAGGCGAUGGAGCUGGCGACGAUCAAGGGCAAGCUGGACACCGAGUGCUUCAUCUUCCUCAUCCGCAAAGACCCGGAGCGCUACGACCGCAUCGCGGAGCUGCUGCGCGCGAACGACGAGUUCCGCGCCGCGCUCAACAGCGGCUUCGACCCGAGCGACGAGAAAAUGUACUGA